UCUGUCGAAGUCAUGGAGCAUCACCCCAAAUUCGACAAGAACGCAACUUAUGUCGAUGACCUUCAUGACAACAACGAUGAUGAUGAGAACGACCAUGACAACGACCAUGACAACGACCAUGACAACGACCAUGACAACGACCAUGACAACGACCAUGACAACGAUGAUGAUGACAACGACGAUGAUGAUGACGACGUCGGCUUGUCCCAGUGGAACUUUGCUAUGUUGAAGCUGAAUGAAACUCUUAAAGCUCUCGGCCAUAUGCGUCAUGCUACUCCCUCCUCUGGGCAACGUGUCCACAUCGGUGCCUGGUAUAGCGACAAUUACACGUACGAGUUUGAAGAAUACUCACACCUGGCACUUUCGCAAGCCCGUUGUCAGCAAGAGACGCUUUCGUGCCACGAUGUUGCCGGACAACACAUCUGCAUUCAGCUCGACCGCAUCGAGUCCGACAGUGACACUGGAGACAACCUCGAUGAUUUUUUUGGCGGUCCUGCGUUUGAUGAUGAUGGAAGACUCGUGGGCUUGUAUGCUUCUGAGGGGGAUGAGUCUUGUGAAACCAAGAGUGAUGUCCAGGUCAUGGCCAAUGUGACGAAUGUCAUCGACUGGAUCGCAGAUAGACACUAUUGAAGAGCUUCACAGGCGGAAUAGGGGCAAAGGGGUCGCCGGUCAUCAACACCUAGAAUUGGCUUACUCUACUUGACUAUACA